AUGCCAAGUCACAACAACUGCUGCAUAGUUGGGUGCAACGCGACCUAUGCCAAUUCUACGGGUAUCAGACUUUACAGUUUUCCAUGGAAAACCUACGAGAAGGACCGACGUGCAACUUGGAUCCAACUUGUUCGCCGAGAGACGAGCACUGGCAAGUUGUGGGAGCCGACAAAGCACUCAAGGAUUUGCGGUAAGCAUUUCGUGGGAAAUGUGAAGUCUGAUGAGGAGAGGCAUCCGGCUUACAACCCGUCCAUCUUCCCCGACGUGUACAGGAAGCGGUCGACUCCAUCGUCUGAUCGUUACGCAAGGGCUAACCGGCGCAGGGAGUGUGGUGCCGUGAGCACCCAGAGCUCGGAGCCCACCGGGGAAGACGAGGGAGGCGAUCAUAACGAGUUUUCCUCAUCUACAAUGACUGAAGAGUCAAGUGGAAGUUCGAGCAUUUCUGCCUUCUACUGCGAGCACUAUGACACGAGCGUCGCCGUUCAGGUCAGCAGUGUCUCCGUGGUUGACGGCAUCAGUUGA